AUGCCUUCAAGAGAAAUCAUCAGUACGGCUACCGGGAUCAAAUCACCACUAUUGUCGCAAGCGGUCAAAUAUGGCGACACGAUCUAUGUUAGCGGGAAUGUGGGUAUGAACUUUGUAACGAGCAGGAUGGCAGAGGGUGAUAUAGCAGAUCGCACGAGACAAGCUCUUCUUAAUAUUGAGGCGACGCUGAGGGAGGCAGGUAGCGGUUUGCAGAAUCUCCUCAAGGUCAACAUCUACCUCACCAGCAUGCAAGACUAUGCUGCAAUGAACAAGGUCUACACAGAGAUGAUUCCUGACCCUAAACCUGCUAGGACGUGCGUAGCUGUCGCUGAGCUGCCGAUGAAAACAGACGUCGAGAUUGAGUGUACCGCACACUUGUGA